UGAUGAGGGAGUGAACUCGAUAAAGAGACGGCUGAAGGGGAAAAGGUAAAAGGAGAAGCGGGGUAUGGGCGCGUGAAAGAGGAAUUUAUGUGGAUACCAGCGGUUCCUGUCGCCUCGGCAAAGUAUCCAGCUGUAUUUCCGGGAGAUGUAAUUAAAAUGUAAACCACGUUAACUGUCCAGUAUACUAGUGACCACCAAGUAAACAGAGAGCGACAAAGGGAGCCACAGUGUCGACAGAAGGAGGAGGAGGAAUUUGGAGUGAAAGAUGUGGGGAGACAAAGAACAUGUGGGAAAGAGUGACAAGGAACGCAUUCUGUGGCCAGUUCUCGUGGAGUGUCAGGACCAAGAGCUUACCACUUUCCAGCAGCCAAAGGAGAGAGCCCAUGAGAUGGAAUGACCCGGCAAUGAGGGGACAUACAAGGCAACAGAAUGCCAGAUUAAAAGAUUAUGAAGCCCCCAUGCUGCUUUGCCUGGGCCGAUAUGGAUGAUGGACAAGACUGCGUUGAGUUUGGAGAGAACAAGUUUGUUAGCAAGGAGAUGCUGCUCUCACAUCUCAGGACGUACAAUUUAUACAACCAGGGGCAGAACUUGCAGCUCAGACACAGGGAGGAGGAGGGGGAGCUGAUUGUGGAAGGUCUGCUCAAUGUCUCCUGGGGUCUACGGCGGCCAAUCAGACUGCAGAUGCAGGACGACAAGGAGCCAAUCAGACCGCCGCCCUCUUCCACGUCCUGGCAUUCCGGCUGUAGUCUUGACACACAGAGUAAUGAUGCCAUGCAGCAAGCCCCUCCCACAGAAGAAGUGACAGACCCAAAGGACCAAUCACAAGACUGCAUUAUGAAUAACAGGAAAGACACAGAUGAGACGCCAGAACAGGAUGGUGAAUUAGACAAAAUAAACCAAAUUCCCAAAGAUACAGGUGAGGGGGAGGAAGAUUCUCCACAGCUCCAACGGACAAAGAGUGAUGCAGGGGUUUGGAGGCGGGGUGCCAGAAGGUCGCCUAGCGACCAACGACGAAUCAGGCGCCACCGAUUCUCAAUCAAUGGCCACUACUACAACCACAAGACGGCAGUUUUCACUCCCGCCUACGGUUCCGUCACCAACGUCCGCAUCAACAGCUGCAUGACCACGCAGCAGGCGAUGCGCGUUCUGCUCAACAAGUUCAAGAUUGAGAACAGCCCCGAGGACUUUGCACUCUACCUGGUGCACACCAGUGGAGAGCGCGUGCAGCUGAAACACACCGACCACCCUUUGGUGGUGCGUGUGCUCCAAGGACCGUGUGAGCAGGUCAGCAAGAUCUUCCUCAUGGAGAAGGACCUGGGAGAGGAGGUCCCCUACGACGUGGCUCAGUACAUCAAGUUUGAGAUGCCAGUCCUGCAGAGUUUCAUCACCAAAUUGAAAGAGGAGGAAGACAGGGAGGUUCUGAAACUCAGGAGCAGGUAUUCAUCUCUCCGCUGCCUGAUCGAGAAGCAGCUGCAGGUUCUGUCAGACGGUCCUUCACGCAUGUGAUGCAGGGUUGCCAAGCAACGUGAAAUGUUUCAAGCACACGUGGAUCUGCAGGAGAUCGGAGUUAGUUAAUGCUGGCCAUUUUCGAAGAAAAGAUGGCAUCAACAUGUCCAAAUGAGCGUGGAGUUUGGUAGUCUCAAAGGAAGUCUAUGGUGUGAUGGAAGGCAUCUUACUUCAGGAGGAAGGACAGGAAGUCUCUCCAUGCUGUCAUAAUUAAUUUAUUUUUCUUACAUUCAUUUACUUGCUUCAUUGCUGGGCUGCUGCUUCCUUAUUUCAGUAUUUUCCGUACCAUCUCUACUGGAAAGGAAACCUACAAUUUCAAAAUCCACCCAAGGGCCCUUGUCAUGUAAUCGUGAGGUUUCCAAAAUGCCACGUGCUUUCCCACAAAUGCGACCACAGCCCAGCCCACCCACGUUGCUCAGGCACACAGCUGCAGAGAGCCUUCCUCCAGCCAAGUUUCCGACGCUGGGCUACUGAUCAAUGAGCUCCUCUGCUGUCUUGUUGCUACGGCAAUCAUGGAGGGUCAAACCAGGCCAUCCAUGUUCGGCAUCACCAUGUGGCAAAGGGCUUUAAAUGUACAGACCAUGUAAUACCUACUUUCACCUCUAGGUGGCUCAAUAAAGUUUGAGAUGCCAGUCCUGCAGCGUUUCAUCACCAAAUUGAAAGAGGAAGAAGACAAGGAAGUACAGACACCCGGGAGCAGAUGUAAAUUUUUAUCAGCUUUGAGAAUCCUGCAGUAGGAGGACAGAGACAAUCUCCAGUUUCCGUCUUUACCAUACCCUGUUAGGGUCUCUGAAUCAGCUCACUUUCCUGUUCCUGAUGAAGUGCCUAAAUUGCUUUUCAUCCCAAAUGAUCUAACUGAUAUAGAUUUUU